AUUUAUCCCCGCCGUUACUCUGGUGUAUUUACAACUGACAAUCUCCAAGUCGUCGUAAUAACUGUGGUGGGCCCCACGCCCACACCAGUCACUUAAAAAUCUUAAACUAUAGUCUUGUUUAGGAUAUUGAAGUAGCAACAUCCGUUUUUUUAAAAUAUUAAAAAUAUCAUAUUAUCUAUUAUAUUUUAUUUUAUUUACACAAAUACUUGAGUUAAUUAACGACAACAUUAGUCAUUGUUAUAAUUAGGUAUCUGUAUAUAUGUAUAUAUAUAUAUGUGAUAUUUAAAUGAUAAUUAAUUAUGGUUGUGAAUCAUCUAAAAAAGGAAGUGUGGGUGCGAUAUAAUUGAUCUGCAUUUGCGUAUAACUUUUUGCAAAAGAAAAAACUUUAAUGAGUGCAUGCCAUUUACUACAUUAAAAUAAAUGGUGUAAAACUAUAACGAAAUUUGAAGCGAGAAAAUAAAUAAUUUAAUUAAAUUUAUAAAAAUUAAAAUAGAAAAGUUAUAUUUGUAUUGAGAUAAAUUUGUUUGAUUUAGUAACGACGUGUGGGGUAGAAGCGAAUAGAAGUAAAGAAGAUGAAACAAGUGGGGAAAUUGAAAUCUAUAAUAAGGUUUUAGUAAUUUAAUACAACACGGUGGCCCUCAAACGUUUGGUGUGAGUAAUAAUCCAGAUGUGUUAACGUAAUGUUUUAUUAUGAGAGGACAGUAGUCAUGUGGUGAGAUAACAAAAUGUCGAUAGAAGUGAUGUGAUUCUUAGUAACGGAUGUUAUGUGUAUACUACAACUACCGAUGAUAUCCGUUUAUGACAAACACAAUACACAAUUGUUGUUUUAUUUUAUCGGCAACUCACUUUUUACAUUUUAUGUUUAAAUGAAAUUAUGAUAAAAACUAGAAAGUUAUAUUUAUUUUAAUUGAAACGAAGACAAUACAAAUUAAUAAUGCCUGAAGGUAAAAAAUAAUGAUUCAUAUUAACAGUGAAUUGUCUUGUUGAUCUUUGAUUAGUGAGUCAACGCCGAUACGUUUAUGAUAACAAAUAAUUUAUAUGAAUUGAAGAUAAAAAUUAAUGACAUUAAAUAAAUACUCACUAAUUACUUGAUUAAUUAAUAAAAUAAAAUAGAAAUAAAAUUUUGUGAAUCCCAGAUUUCCAAAAACUAUCUAAUUAUCGGUAUCGAUAAUUAGUAAUUAGUUGACUGGGAUUUUUUUUAAACUUAUCGAAUAUGGAUAAGACUGACAAUAAAAUGGGCGACGAAAAAACUCCGAGGUCUUCACGGUCAUCAAGUCAAUCACUGACAACUUCUCCGAGUUUAAAUCUAAUGGAGCAACUGCUGUUAGCUAAAAUGGAAAUAAUUAGUUUGACUGAUCAUGUUGAUAAUAACAUUAACAUUCAUAAUAAUAAUAGUAAUGUAAAUUCAAGUAGUGCGGUGUCAAGGAAGAAAUCAUUGAUGGUACGGGCUAAUUCAUUGGACAGUCAAACUAGCGCAAGUACAUUAUACUCAACAUCGUCUGCGGAUUCGCCUAAUAGUAAUCGUUAUUGCAAAUGUGAUGAUUGUUUGCUUGGUAUUGUCGACAAACAUAAACGACUUAUGCCUACUUCACUUAAUCGUAAAAAGAGCUCGGCAUGGAAGAAGCUUAAGAAUAUCAUACAGUGGGCCCCGUUUUUUCAGACCUACAAAAAAAAAAGUUAUCCAUGGAUACAGUUAGCAGGACAUCAAGGUAACUUUAGAGCCGGUCCAACACCUGGUACGAUUCUAAAAAAAUUGUGUCUACAAGAGGAAGCCUGUUUUCGUUUAUUAAUGAAUGACGUAUUGAGACCAUACGUGCCGGAGUUCAAAGGUGUAUUAGACGUAAGAGAAGAAGAGGGACAUCAGAAUCAAGAAUCAGACGUUAAAAGUCCCGAUGACACAACUUGCAACAGUAAUUCAGUAGUGACAUCGUAUUUACAGUUGCAAGACUUACUCGGUGACUUUGAGGAUCCCUGUGUGAUGGACUGCAAAGUCGGUGUGCGAACUUACUUAGAGUCCGAGCUGGCAAAAGCCAAAGAGCACCCGAAGCUACGGAAAGACAUGUACGAAAAAAUGAUCCAAAUAGAUCCAACGGCGCCGAGUUUGGAGGAGAAGAGACUGCAGGGUGUUACUAAACCGAGAUAUAUGGUCUGGCGCGAGACGAUAUCAAGUACUGCCACCCUUGGAUUCCGAGUUGAAGGAGUUAAACUCACUCAUGGUAGUUCAUCCAAGGAUUUCAAGACAACAAAAACUCGGGAACAAGUUACAGAAGCCCUGAAAUAUUUCGUUGAAAACCAUCCGCAUGCUGUUCCUAAAUAUUUGCAACGUCUCAAGGCCAUAAGAGCGACCUUAAAAACUUCACCUUUCUUCGCAACCCAUGAAAUUGUCGGAUCAAGUCUUCUUUUUGUUCAUGAUUCGAAAAAUGCCGGUGUGUGGAUGAUUGAUUUCGCAAAGACGCUGCCUCUACCAUCGACGAUGCCAAGUAUUCGACACGACGCCGAAUGGGAAGUCGGUAAUCACGAAGACGGUUAUUUAAUUGGUGUUAAUAAUUUGAUAGACAUUUUUGAAGACAUUAAAAAUUCAGAAAAGUUAUAAAUAUUAUAGUGAUUAUAAAUUAUAAUUACUGACUAAUUGAUAAGAGAGACUUGAAAUAAAAAAUAUUCAAAAUAAAACUCGAAGAUUUUUAAAAUACAAAAGUUGAUUGUGUGAAAUUUUUAGUUAUCUUUAACGUUUUUGUGUUAAUUAAAUGAUAAAUAUUUAGCAAUGUAAAGGAUAUACGUAAACUCGUUAGUUCGAUAGAUAAUUUAUGAUAGUUUACUUGAAAAAGUUGAGAUUAAAUAAAUAAAUAACCGAGAACAUUUAAAUUAAUGAAUAAUUAAAUAAAAUAAAAAACGGGAUUUCAAGUUUCUCCUUCGAAAAUAAAUGUGACCUUAUUAGUUAACGCGGAUCUGAUAUUUUAUGCUAAAUUACAUAGAUCCGAAUGCACAGAUAAGAGACCAAAGACGCGGUAGUUUGAUUGCUACCUAGUAAUUUUUUUUCUUUUUUUUUUUUAUAUAUAUAUAUAAUUAAAUAUCAGCUUCACAAGUACAGUAAAGCAAUAAUUUUUUUAUACAAUCUCUAUUAAUAGAGUACUUUUGUUAGAGUAAUUGAUAACUUAUUAAAUU